UACGCCGUUUGACAGCUCGAUCGCGGUGCGCGGUACGUGCGUACGUAGAUACGUGCUCUCCCCCGCGCGGUGAUCGUCUUCUACGCGCCGCAACUCUCUUCGUGUGUCUGUGUCACGGAGCGGAGUGGACUCGCGCGACCGGGAGAGACGGCAAAAACCUACGGGAGAGAGCCUCGCCGUACUCCCGCCGGGUCGUUGCCCCGCACCGGUGACGACUAUGUCGGCGAGAGGCCGCGACGCGGUUCUUGGGCUCGCCGGCACUCGCGCUGGUACGUGAUCGCGACGCGUCGGGAUCAGUUGUGAUGUGCCUAAACGCGGACGCGGCUACGCGGUCGACGUGCGUGGAAAUGACAUUCGUGCAUCCCUCGUGGAGUUCCUACGGUUGAGAGCACCUGCAAGAGCGUAAGAGAGAAAGAGAGAGAGAGAGAAAGAAAGAAAGAGAUAGAGCGUGGGAGAAGACGGUAGUAGGAGAGGCGAAAGGGAGAACGUUCUUCCUUCCGUUUACUCCGGCGGUGCCCGCGGCUGAUUUGAGCGAGAAAGAAACGAAAGGCGACCGGCCGAUCGAUGUUUUAUUUGUGAUGGGAGUGCCUGCGCGGGGAGCACUCGCGGCGAUCGUGGCGAUAACCGCGCUCGCCGUGUACCUCAACAGCCUCGGCUGCGGCUUCGUCUUCGACGAUAUCUCGGCGAUCAAGGACAACCGCGACCUCAGGCCCCACACGCCCCUCAAGAAUGUUUUCUACAAUGAUUUCUGGGGCACCCCGAUGCACAAGGAACAAUCGCACAAGUCUUAUAGACCUCUUUGCGUUCUCACAUUCCGAUGGAAUUACCUGAUUCAUCAACUAGAUCCUAUGGGAUACCACCUGCUAAAUGUUAUUCUACAUGUUGGAGUAUGCCUAUUAUAUUUCAGGACCUGUUUGAUGUUUCUGCCAGAAGCAGCAAGUUUUGUGUCAUCUUUAUUUUUUGCUGUGCAUCCUAUACACACAGAAGCAGUCACAGGUGUAGUUGGUAGGGCAGAAACUUUGUCCUCCUUAUUUUACCUGGCAGCUUUAAUCACAUAUACUAAAUGUUGCAAAAGCAAAAGAUCUACAGGGUGGAAAUCCUUGAUAUUAUCUAUGUUUUUUGUAUUUACUGCAAUGUUGUGCAAGGAACAGGGAAUUACAGCAACUGCAGUUUGUGUACUGUAUGAAAUUUUUGUUGUACAGAAGGUUAGAGCAAGGGAUAUUUUCUUAGCACUAAAAUCGGCUUUUGGUGGUAAUAAAAUUUCACCUGCAUGGUCAGGCGAGGGUACAAAACGUUUGACCGCCCUUACACUUGUUACAUUUAGCCUGCUUAUCCUACGGUUACAUAUAAUGGGCUCAAAGUUACCUGUAUUUACCAGAUUCGACAAUCCCGCAUCGGUUGCUACAACACCAACAAGACAGCUUACGUAUAAUUAUCUUGCUGCAGUGAAUCUAAGACUGCUAUUUCUUCCAAGUGAUUUGUGCUGUGAUUGGACAAUGGGGACGAUACCAUUAGUAGAAAGCUUUACCGAUGUCCGUAAUCUCGCGACCCUAGCUACUCACGGAACUGUACUAGGAUUGCUUGUGACAGCUGUUGUAACACGUAGCAGACAAACGUCAGUCAUUCUUAUUAUGAGUUUGGCUAUGAUGAUACUCCCUUUUUUACCCGCGUCGAACCUUUUCUUUCCGGUCGGAUUUGUAAUUGCUGAAAGAGUUUCCAUGGGGUUUUGCAUGCUUAUUGGAUAUGGAUGGAGUAUUUUGGCAGACAAAAAAUGCAAGAAGCUAGUGUUACUUUUACUCGUAACACUUCUGGCCGCGCAUACGACGAAAACAUUUGUCAGAAAUUACGAUUGGUUAGAUGAAUACUCAAUAUUCAUGUCUGGUUUAAAAGUGAACGAGAGAAACGCUAAACUGUUUAAUAACGUGGGUCACGCGUUAGAGAGUCAAGGUCGUUUUAAGGAAGCAUUAAAUUUUUUCAAUAUGGCUGUACAAGUUCAGGGUGACGAUAUUGGAGCACACAUUAAUGUCGGAAGAACUUACAAUCAUCUAAAAAUGUUCAAGGAAGCUGAAGACGCGUACUUGAAAGCCAAGUCAUUAUUACCAAAAGCGAAACCGGGAGAAUCUUAUCAAGCACGUAUAGCACCAAAUCAUUUAAAUGUGUUUGUUAAUUUGGCUAACUUGAUAGCUAAGAAUGCAACUAGAUUAGAAGAGGCUGAUUUAUUAUACAGACAGGCCAUCAGUAUGCGUGCGGAUUAUACUCAAGCAUAUAUUAAUCGUGGCGAUGUUUUAAUUAAACUUAAUCGUACAAAAGAAGCUCAAGAAGUCUAUGAGCGAGCACUAUUUUAUGACAGUAAUAAUCCUGAUAUCUAUUAUAAUCUUGGUGUCGUAUUUUUGGAACAAGGGAAAGCAUCCCAGGCUCUGGCAUACUUGGACAAAGCUUUAGAAUUUGAUCCAGAGCAUGAACAAGCGUUACUGAAUUCCGCUAUACUACUCCAAGAAUUAGGACGGGCAGAAUUACGUAAAGUAGCUAGAGAGAGACUGUUGAAACUUUUACGAAAGGAUUCUAACAAUGAGCGCGUACAUUUCAAUCUGGGAAUGUUGGCCAUGGAUGAUCAUGACAGCGGUAGCGCGGAGCGUUGGUUCCGUAAUGCCGUCGCACUAAAAGAAGACUUCCGCUCUGCAUUAUUCAAUCUCGCGUUACUUUUAGCCGAUGAACAACGUCCGCUCGAAGCGGCGCCGUUUCUGAAUCAAUUAGUCAGAUUCCAUCCAGAUCAUGUGAAAGGCCUAAUUCUUUUGGGAGAUAUUUAUAUCAAUAACAUAAAGGAUUUAGAUGCUGCGGAAAAUUGUUAUCGUAGAAUACUGCAACUGGAUCCCACAAACAUUCAAGGACUGCAUAAUUUAUGCGUCGUGAUGGUGGAACGGGGUAAACUAGGCUUAGCGGCGCAAUGCUUGGAACGCGCUGCCGCUUUAGCGCCACAUCAGGACUACGUACACAGGCAUCUUUCGAUCGUGAGGACCCGUAUUAGUCGUCUACCGCCAGAUCAACGCGAUAACGAUAUCUUUGACGAUUCUUUCUGGAGCAGCAAUGUGAAGGAUAGGCCUUUCAAUACCGAGUCAUCAAACGGACAGUUUCUAGGAAAGACGGAUUCCGUUUUCGCGAAUCACGCAACAGUUCACAAUCACAUAGGAAGUAAGCAGAGCAAUACCGAUUCCCUGAAUAAUCACAUUAUACAUUUGAAAGGUCCAUCAAAGCCUGCCCGUGCGAUGAAUGGCGUCGGUACGGAAACGAAGGACGGACAGCGACCCAAGCAAACGACGGUCCCAGAACUGACUAAUAUCGUGGAACCUACUACGGACAGGGUUUUCGAUAGGAUUAUAAGCGCUGACGUAACAAAACUAGAUAUCACGCAGAAACACGGCUCGAAACACACGAAUUCCGAUCAAUUCAAUCAGAGUGCCGCCGCGACUGUAAGCGGCAAGCAAGGAAUUCAGCAGACAAAAGACAGUGCGUUGUCAUAGUAUUAAUGUAAAAUCCGCCGAAUACUGUAAAGUUAUGCAUAUAACGAAAAGUUAUGGUGGUACAGUCAUAUAGAGCUAAUGUGUGAAUAUGGAAUAAAUACAGAGUAUUGUUUUAUAUGCUGUAUAAAAAAAAU